AAGCGAUACAAGCUACAAGUUUCACUGAACGCUGCCGGGAUUCUCGACACACGCUCUGAAGCCUCGUCACAGAACGCAGCAUCACUACUAGGUUUUGUACAGGUCAGUUUGAGAUUCAGAAACCAGAAUGUCCAGCACUGGUCCAGCGCCCACAAACUCUUCAACAUUCGUCAUCCAGUUUCAACCAGCAACACAAGCAAGACCUGUUACGACGGUGACACAUGCUCCUGCGCCACUUCGUGGACUUCAGGCAUUUCUAAAAGGCCAACCGAAAGCCCUUGGGACGGUCCAGAUAAUGAUCGGUUUGCUGACACUCCUGUUUGGCAUUGUGUCUACAGUUCAUCCAGAUGCCAUCUUUGUCAUUAUUGGUGUUCCUUACUGGGGAUCUCUCAUCUACAUUACUGCAGGCUCACUCUGCAUUGCUGCAGAAAAUAACAUUAAUUCACCGUCCGGUUUGUGUUUGAUGAAUGCUUCACUUGUGAUGAACAUUUUCAGUACUUUAACUGCAGGCAUCGCCAUUGUUUUUAUUUCGCUGGAUUUGGUUAUAGGGCCAUAUAUUUUCUGCAAGAUUUCUGACUGUAAUGAAUUAUUGAGAAUGUAUACGACUCUUUUUAGGGGAAUCAGAGGCAUAUUGAUGUUACUGGCCGUGCUUGAGUUUCUCAUCUCCAUCUGUCUGUCAGCAUUUGCCUGUAAAACCUGCUGUUGUCCUCCUCAGAAACGAGACGGGGACGUUUAUCAGAAACGAGACGGGGACGUUUAUCAGAAACGAGACGGGGACGUUUAUCAGGAUCUGGGACAGCAAGACGUGGACGCCUACGACACUCUCUAUCCCGGGAAUUAUUAGUCGCUGGCCUGAGAAACUCUCAAACUGUGCAGCUCAUUCAGUCUUCAUGCUCUAAAAACUGUAUUUUUGCUUUGUUUAUGAGUAAGUUUUAUAAGAGUUUGGUUGAUCAUGAGAUUCUGUUUUAUUGUCCUUGUUUACAUGUGUCUUUGAGACAAGCGACACAAUUGAUGUAUAAAAUACAUGUGUAAGGCUCUUCAUUUCAACAUAAAAUUAUAUUUUUUACUUGGACAGAUUAAAAGUGUGUUUCAAUGUU